CCCUCCCCUCCCCUCCAUUUACCUCGAACCAAACACACCCUUAGUUUCUUGUUCAUAACUACUAAGCCACGCUACAGAAGAAAAAGAAGAAGCUCUUCAGAAUUCGUCGGUUGCAAGAAGCUCCUCUGGAUUCGGAUUCUGGCACUUGGAAUUUAUAAUGGCUUGGAAGCAACUCAGCAAUGCUUUUGAUACUUCCUCUGCGGCGUCUUUGAAAAAAUACGACGUAUUUCUUAGCUUUCGAGGUGAGGAUACUCGCAAAAGCAUCACGAGCCAUCUUUAUGAUGCUUUGAGUCGAAAGAAAUUUGAAACCUUUAUUGACAACAAUGAGCUUAAAAAAGGAGAUGAGAUCUCUCCAACACUCAUCAAAGCCAUUGAGGAGUCACAUCUAUCUAUUGUCAUCUUCUCAGAAAACUAUGCUUCCUCAAAGUGGUGCUUGAAUGAGCUCAAAAAGAUUCUUGAAUGCAAGAGAUAUAAGAAGCAGAUUGUGAUACCUGUUUUUUACAACAUAGAUCCGUCACACGUGAGGAACCAGACUGGGAGGUACAAGCAAGCCUUUGAAAAACAUAAGCGAGAGUUGAAGCACAAUUAUGACAGGUUGAAGAUAUGGAAAGCGGCUCUCACUGAGGCAGCUAGUUUAGUUGGUUGGGACUUUCAAAAUUACAGGACUGAAUCAGACUUCAUCAAGGACAUUGUCAAAGAUGUUUUGCAGAAACUGAAUCUCAAGUACCAAUAUGAAAUUAAGGGGCUUGUUGGAAUUGAGAAGAAUUAUGAACAAAUUGAAUCAAUACUGAAAAUUGGGUCAAAUGAAGUUAUAGUCCUUGGAAUAUGGGGCAUGGGUGGCAUAGGAAAGACAACCCUUGCUAAGGCUUUAUACGCCAAACUGCAUUCCCAAUUCGAAGGUUGUUGCUUCCUCAAUGUAAUGGAUGAGUCAAACAAGUAUGGACUUGAUGGUGUACGCUCUAAAUUUUUUUCUACAUUGUUAGAGGAAGAAAAUCUUCAUCCUGAUGCAUCCUACAUAGAAUCCCAUUUUUCCGUGAGAAGGAUUGCCCGUAAAAAAGUUUUCAUUGUGUUGGAUGGCGUGGAAACCUUAGACAAAAUUGAAGAUCUUAUCCUAAAACUUGAUGGGUUGGGACCAGGUAGUAGGGUAGUUAUUACUACUAGAGAUAAGCACAUAUUUAGUCUGUUCAGUAAAUGUGAAAUAUAUGAGGUUCAGGUAUUAAACAAACACGAUUCUCUUCAGCUAUUCAGUUUGACAGUUUUCGGAGAAAAACAUCCUGAAAUUGGAUAUCAAGAUCUAUCAGAAAGAGUAAUUGCCUAUUGCAAAGGCAAUCCUCUGGCUUUAAAAGUUAUAGGUUCAAAUCUCCGUUCAAGAGGCAAAGAAGCAUGGGAAAAUGAAUUGAAAAAGCUGGAAAAGAUUCCUAAUAAGAAAAUUUGCGAUGUGUUAAAAUUGAGUUUUGAUGACUUAGAUCGUUGUCAAAAAGCUAUAUUUCUAGACAUCAUAUGCUUUUUGAGAGAAAAGAGUAAAGAUUUUGUAAUAGAAUUAUUGGAAGCUUGUGAGUUGUUUGCAACAAGUGGGAUAGAAGUCCUUCUAAAUAAAUCUCUCAUACAAAUAAAACUAAUUUGGCUAUCGUUUAGCAAUUCGGAAGUCGAUGGUUUAGAAAUGCAUGAUUUGUUACAAGAAAUGGGACGGGAUAUUGUUAAUCAAGAAUCUAAAGAUCCUGGAAAACGAAGUCGAUUGUGGAAAGCUGAAGAAAUAUGCGAUCUAUUGAAAAAUAACAAGGGAACAGAAGCUGUGGAAGCUAUAACAUUUGAUAGAACAGAAGUUGGGGAUCUUUACUUAAAGUCUGACUCCUUCAAAAGGAUGACAAACUUAAGAUAUCUUAAAAUCUAUGAUAGAACUGAUUGUAGAGCAUGCAAUGUGUACUUUCCUGAUGGUCUCGAGUGGCUUUCUGAUAAAUUAAGGUACCUUCGAUGGGAUGCUUACUGCCUUGAGUCUUUGCCAACAACCUUUUGUGCUGAAAUGCUUCUUGAGCUCAACCUGACUCGUAGCAAGCUUAAAAAACUAUGGGAUGGAGUUCAGGUACAAAAGUGUUUCGACUUUCGAUAUACAUUUAAAACUGUAGAUAAAGCUUUGAUGCUCAUUCACAAAAUUGCUAGGUCUUACAAGUGUCGGGCACAAAACUUCAACAAGACAUGCUUCUAUUUCUGCUUAAUUCGGUUUAAUUUCUGUUUUAAUCAAUACUCAUGCUUGAUUAUGAAUUUAAUGGUUUCUCUGCACUGCCAUGUUUAUUUCUUGUUACAGAAUCUUGUGAAUUUAAAGAUAGUUUUGCUUGAGUUCUCCUACGAUCUGAUUGAGAUCCCAGACUUAUCGAGGGCUACAAAUCUUGAAAGGGUGCAUCUCUAUAAAUGCGAAAGUCUGUGUCAGCUCCAUCCAUCCAUCUUAUGUCUCCCCCGACUUAAACAUCUAGAUUUACGAGGUUGCAUAAAGAUUGAAAGCCUUAAAACCAACAUUCAUUCUAAAUCUCUCCGUAAUCUCUUAGUCAAUGGUUGUUCAUCUCUCACCGAAUUUUCGGUGACAUCGGAGGCAAUGACAAAUUUAUCCUUACAUGGCACCGCUAUACAUGAAUUGUCUUCAUCGAUUUGGCGUAAUACCAAGCUUACUACUCUUGACCUAUCUGAAUGUAACAAGCUUAACAUUGUUGGGAGUAAGUUAUCAAAUCGUCAUGGAGUGGGGUCUGUUACAGAACUAAACCUUUCUGGGUGCACAGAAAUUGAUGCAUUAAAUCUGCGGUUCAUUCUUGAUGGCAUAUGGUCUUUAAAUCGACUAAAAAUGAGUGAGUGUUUCAACUUAGAAGGUCUCCCUGAGAACAUCAAAAAGCACUCAAGGCUGAGCUGGCUUGAUAUAAAUAAUUGCAGGAAACUUGUGUCUCUAGCAGAGCUUCCGCCAUCCCUGCUAUAUUUGAAAGCCCGUAAUUGCACUUAUCUGGACACAGACUCCUCCCAACAGUUAUUGCUUGAGAACACAGUACAAACUUUCUCCGACGACCCUCUUAUUGUAAAUGGCGGUGGUCUAUAUUACUCUUUUUUGCCAGGAGCACAAGUUCCGUGCCAGUUUGAUUUUCAGACAACAGAGGCUUCAAUAACUAUUCCUCCCAUUCCAAAAUCUGGCCUAUGUGGUUUCAUAUUUUGUGUCAUUCUAUCCGAGGGAUUUCAUGCUCACCUUCAUUCUCUUGGUCCCCUUGAUUGUAUCAUCUUUGAAGACGACAAAGAAGUCGACAGACGUCAUAUUGGUCUCAAUUAUCCCGGGAAAUUAAUUUCAGAUCAUGUAUUGAUAUGUUGGCAUCAUUACAACAGACAAGAAAGUGGAAGUUAUGCAUUUUGCAACCUAUCAUUUCAAUUCGUAUUUCUAGGUCAGAAGGAACAAAUGUGGUGGUCAACGGAGGGGAUAAAAGGGUGCGGCGUCUUACCUGUAUAUUCCUCAAAACAUAAGUUGAAGCUGGAUGGUAGUAGUCGUGUUACUAACAAGAUUGUUGAAUUAAAAUUAAAAUCCACUGUUCAAGACUCUGAUUGGAAUAUGAAAAAUGAGAUUAAAGUCAAAAGCUCUAACAAUGAAAAUGAAGAUGACCAGGAACAACCUUUUUAUUCUCGUAAAGAAGAAGAACAACCUUCUGUUAGUAGACCUCCUAUUAAACAUGUAUAUGUUAGGAGAGGAAAAAAGCUACAUUCUGUUGUCUAAAUUUCUUGUGAUUCAAGAAAACAAUUCCCGGUUUAUUGUAGUAACUGCUGUAACAACACUGGACAGGUUUUUUGCUGAAGCACUUGUUAAGAGGGUCAAAAGAAUAAUACAAGUCAUUAUUAUUUUGAGAUCUCUUUCUCCUGUUUUUGAU